AUGUCUGAGAAGAAAUCACUGAAUAGUCUCAUAAUUCAUCCUGAUAUUGAGCCCGGCGUUAUUGAUAAUGCUAUGUUAACGCGAUGUAUUUUGGAAUAUGGUCCGAAAGAGGAGGCAGGACGCUUGUUCGCCGAGGAAGGUGUUCAUUUAGACGAAGCUCAAGUUGUUAGACUUGAAUUUCAGCAUAUUUUAAGAAUUGACCAUCUUUGGAUGUUAAAAUCGCUAAGAAAGUUAACUUUGGCACACAAUUUAAUUGAAAAAAUUGAAAAUCUAGAACAGUUAACCGGACUGAAUGAAUUAGACUUAUCCUUUAAUAAAAUUGAAAAAAUUGAAAAUAUAGAUAAUCUAGUAAACCUCGAAGUAUUGACAUUGUUUCAUAAUAAGAUUAGGAAACUCGAAAACAUGGAAACACUAGAAAACCUUUUGGUGUUUAGUAUUGGUGAUAAUUUAAUUGAAGAUUACAAAGAGAUGGCUUAUAUGAGAAGAUUUCGUAAACUACGUUCUGUGAGUUUUAAGGGCAAUCCUUGUUGCGAUGAUCCAAUGACAAAUGAGUUUUUAAAAUCAGCUCUCACUCGUGUCACCUUUCUUGAUUAUAAAUUAGUCACAGAAGAGGAACGGGAGAAAGGAAGAGCAUUAUUCCGAGGAUUACUGCGUAAGUUGGAUGAAGCAGAUGAAAGUGCUGAAAAAGAAAGAUUAGCGAAAGAGGAUUAUGAAGCAAAAGUCAGAUUCUAUGCGAUGUCUUUUGUGGAAUAUUUGAGUGGUCCUGAGCUGUUGGAUUCCAUGUUCGAGAAAGAUCCAGAUGGAUCAUUGUUGCUUAAAGUCGGUGGAGAAUUGCUGGGUUUUUAUGAACAGUACAAAGAGCAAUACGUUGAGACGAUGGCUGGUCUGGUAGAAUUUGCGCAAGAGGCAUACAAUUUGAGGCAGAAUGAAAUCAGGCUGUUUAAAGAUUUAGUAGAUAAUGCUUUAGAAGAAAGCGUUAUGAAAAGUAAAAAUGUUGUGGAGGAGUUUGAGCAAAAGAAAAAACCGUUGAUUUCCCAAAUGAACGAAAUAAUAAGUAAAUUCAUGAGUAAGCAAGUAACUUUAGAACAACUGGAGCCGGACAUCUUAGACGCGGGCGAAGCUUUUAACGACAUCAUCUAUGACUUAUGGAAAAAAUUGAUGACCAUCGAGAUGCAGUUGUAUGAGCAGUGCGAGGAAUCUCGAGUACAAUUUGCAGUGAAUAUGACAGAAAUGAUAACGAAGCUUCUAGAAGUAUCGCGGAACGCAUUCGGUGCGUGGCGCGAGCAUGAAGGCAUGUGGUCUAUGCGACAGUUUGAAGCUCUUUCGAAGCUACUUGGCAAUAAAAUAAUGUUAGGGGAUGUACCCCCCGAACUUUUCGAGGUGAUGAUGGACAGGGAUCAAAUGAUGAACUUAGUUGCGCAAUCAUCAGACAACCACAUGCGAUUUAUCGACGCGCGGGAAGACCUGCUUAUGACUCGUGCAAAUAACUGGCGUGAUGAACUUAUUAAAAGCACUAAUGACAAUGAAAUUAAAAGAAACAGAGACAGAAUAUUAGAAAUAUAUUACUACAUAGACAACCAACGUGAAGAAUGGACGGAUAUGCAGAUGAGUAUGACUGAGACCGUUGAUCCAGAAACAGCGGCUCUCUUGGGCGACGACUUUUAGUAUUAAUAUACAUUAUUUAAAAAGAUACCUGAUAACGUUCUUUUUUAUUUUGUGAAAAUACUUUCUACAAACAUGUAUACAUACCUUAGGAAAUUAUUUCUAGAAAAAACGGUUUCUACUUAUUUUCGUUAACUUUUAAAUUAAUAAUUGUUCAUCGAAUGUAGUACGAAAUAUGUAUUGAACAAAAAUUAAAUUUAGUUUUGAACUAAAUUAGCAUA